AUGAAUACAUUGUGUUGGGGAGAUGCUGAACGUACGUUAAAGCUCAAGCAGAGAUUACAAGAACCGAUGGAAUAUCAAGUUAAUACACUCAACUUGUACAAGAAUGAAAGUGAUACAUUGUCAGGAUGUCGUACAAGUUGCUCUAGCUAUGACAUUUCAGAUGAUGAUGAUUGUAGCGAUGAUUGUUCGAUUUCUAGUACCGACUCGAAGAUUCUCUCGCCUUUAAAUAUUAAAAGAAAAGAACCAUUGCACAUUGCAUUCGAACACAAGACAAUUCAAGGACAUGGAGUUAAGACUUUUCCAUUUAAACACAAAGUGAAAGACCAAGAAAAUUCGUCCAAGAUUUUACGUUGUGUACCUCAUGGGUUACGUCGUGUGAUUCCGAUUGUUGUCCCAAUUGAACUUAUCCCACCAAGUGAGUACGAUUUACGAAGUACGAAUGGGUUAAUGAAAUGUGUUAAUAAUCUUGCCCCACUACCAACACCGGAACAAUUAAGUGGCAAACAUUUGGCAUUUAAUGAAUUACAACGAAUUGUUGACAUUUGGUUACGUCGUACCCUCUUGACAUUAUCAGAGAAUGAUGUUAAUUCAGUGGUUACUGCGACAUUAUUAUUGGGUGGUAGUUGGCACUUAAAAGUUGGAGUGGCAGAAUCGGAUUUAGAUGUUGUGGCUUUAAUGCCAUAUGUGAUCACUCCUGAUGUGUUUUUCACCUCCAUGUGCGAGCAUCUAAAUCAUGAAGAGUCCGUCACGAAUCUUGUAGCACGACGUCAAGCUGCUAUUCCUGUGCUAUCAUUUCAACUAAAUGGUGUUCGUAUUGACUUAUUAUUUGCUCGAUUUGCACAAAAUCAGACUGUUCCAAAACAUUUACCCUUUUUACCUGGAGAUGAUGUAGAGAUGAUGCGUGAUAUGGACGCAACAUCUGUACGAUCAUUAUCAGUUGCACGUGUGGCAUCACUUAUUUUAGAACUCGCACCAAAUGCAAUUGUCUUUCGAUCUUGUUUACGUGUCGUACGACUUUGGGCAAAACGUCGUGGUGUAUAUUCGAAUAAAACCGGUUUUCUUGGUGGAAUCUCAUGGGCUUUACUUGUUUGUUUUGUAUGCCAAAUGUUUCCACGUGCAAGUGUGGCAUCAUUAGUUCAUCGUUUUUUUUCGGUAUUAGCAAAAUGGCAAUGGCCAACACCAAUUUUAGUUGCUCACACAUCCGUUGAAGGCACAUUUGAUCGUACAGUACAAUGGAAUCCGCAACUUAACAUACGCGAUCGUGCCCAUCUCAUGCCAAUUAUAACACCAGGUUUUCCUGCUGUUAAUACUGCUGUAAAUGUGAAUCUGUCAACACUUUGUGUAUUACGCGAAGAGUUUGCACGUGGUCAACGAAUUAUGGAUGAUUUACGUCGACGUAGUCUCAGUCAUCCAUCAUCGUGGACACAAUUAUUUGCACCGACAGAAGUAUUGGUACGAUAUGACAAUUAUGUAGCCAUUAAAUUGGGUGCACCUAAUGAAGCAACUUUAGCCGAAUGGUCAAGUUUUGUGGCAAGUCGAACACGCAAAUUAGUGGAAUCGUUGCAAUAUACAACAUCUGUGGCAUCACUUCACCCUUUGCCAGAUCUGAUUCGUCCACAUCAUGAAACACAUCAAAAAGACCAAGUUAUGGGUUACUAUUUUAUUGGAUACACAGUUAACGCACCUUUAAUACCUCAGCGCUAUCGUAAUGAUCGCAGGUUUGCUGGUCGUGCUUUCAUGACGUCAAAAUUUGAAUUGGAACAAGUAGCUCAAAAGAGUGUGGCAUCAGCUAGUCGAUAUUUUCUGGCAACAGAAGUUGCUUCUGCAAAUGAAAAAAAACCUGGAAUGGAAAUUGACAUUUCCUGUUGUUUAUGGAACGAGUUACCUGAAACCAUUUUCCCGGGUGGUCGUACAGCAGCUAUUGGUGAUCGUGCACAAUAUUUUCUCAGACAUGCACAUGAUGUGAAUCUUACUUUAGGUCUAGCUAGGUAA